CCAACAUCCAUCAUUCAUCCCAUCAGACAUUCGGUUCCCUGAUUCCAUUGCCAGCCCUCAACGCAGCAUCUACCUUCAAGUCAGACCGUAAAACUCGCCUACUCAACGAUGAGCGCAUUUGGAGGUCCUGGAGGUGGGCAAAAGGUCACCAAGCCAACGCCUCCCGAACGCGGCUCUUUCCCUCUCGACCACGAUGGCGAAUGCAAGCACAUCAUGGCGUCGUAUCUCCGAUGCAUCAAGUCUCAUCGCGGCACGAACGAUCCCGAGUGUCGCAAUCUUUCCAAAUCCUACCUAUCUUGUCGAAUGGACCGGUAUGUACCCAAUUACUCCCUUCUCAUCGUCGUCCCCACCUUGCCGAGCUCGCCGAACUCGCUCUCCAUCUCCCUGCGUCUCAAGCCACACCCUUGUUCGUAUCUUGCGCAACGAAUAGAAGCACUUCGUGAUACCGUCCUGUCAAAAGACAUCUCGACCUGGUACUUGGUAUACGCAGGGUAG